AUGGCUGAAAACGCUACAGAUACGGCCACGCUCGAGGGCUCUUUCGAUACCUUGAACUCUACCACAGGAACAGAAGAGAGUUGGCUAUCAGCUUUCUCGUACCUUCAAGAUCAAAGCUUUCUUAUGCUUGAGCUUAGACUUGUACUCAGCGCCGUCGGCAUCAUCUAUCUCGGUGCUCACGCUGCUCUUCGCCGACCUCCCUCUGCAGCACCUGCGAAGAAGAAGAAGGCAGGUGAUGAAGAUGAAGACGAGGAGCGUUUUGCUCAGGGAUUGGAGCCAUCAGAUGCCAUCAUUUUCCCGCUCAUGGCUGGUGUUGUCCUCGUUGGCUUGUACUACCUGAUCCAGUGGCUCCAGGACCCCGACAUUCUCAACAAGAUUCUAAGAUGGUACAUGUCUACCAUGUCUAUUGCCAGCUUGGUGUCUAUCUAUUCUCAUGGGAUCGAAGUGGUUACAAGCCUGGUGUUCCCACGAUACUGGCGGGGACGAGAUGGGCGUUUGAGGGCAGUGAACCAGAAGAACAGAUUUGCCCAAGUCUGUGAUGAUGCAGGUAACCCGACGGCAGAUGUUUCGACAACAGACAACCCCUUCCCUGGAAUCUUUGCCUGCUUGGCGUUUUCAGAGAAGAUUCGCAAGUCAGGAUGGGGGUUGCGCGGUCUUCUCACUCGACAUUGGGCUGUCAAGCUCUUCAUCCAUGGCAUGGGCAAAGAACAAGGCAGAAUCAAGCUUGCUCAUGUAGUAUCCUUGGUCAUGGCCUUGGCUACGGCGCUCAUCUACUCUUCAACUACAUCGCCUUUGUUGGCCAACACACUCGGCUACGCCAUGUGCUAUGGCUCACUGCUUCUGAUCUCCCCAACGGACUUUUUGACCAGCACUCUGAUCCUUGUUGGUCUGUUCUUCUACGAUAUCAUAAUGGUCUUUUAUACCCCAUACAUGGUCACCGUCGCAACCAAACUGGACGUACCCAUCAAGCUCACUUUCCAGGCUGCGGAGCGCAAGAGUAUCCUUGGCCUCGGUGACAUCGUUAUUCCAGGUAUGGUGAUGGCUUUGGCCCUCCGAUUUGACCUCUGGCUUCAUUACGAGGGCAAGAUAAAGUACGAAAGCACCGACUUGAAGCUUAUCGAAAAGGACCCAUCCUCAGGAGCUCUUGUCACGAAAAGCAAGACCAAGCACAAGGAGGUCAAGGUUAAGUACGUCAACGUGAAAGGCAACUGGGGAGACAACUUUUGGACUCGUGGAGCUUUAUUCAUCUCUGAGUCUAAACAGGUGCCCCAAGACCUGGCAGCUACACGUUUUCGCAAGACCUAUUUCUACGCUUCUGUCACUGGGUAUCUCCUUGGAAUGUGCGUUACCUUGGCCAUGCUUUUGGUAUUCAAACGCGGCCAGCCUGCACUCUUGUACCUCGUUCCUGGCGUUCUGGGUUCGCUGUGGUUGACGGGCUUGGCCCGUGGUGAAAUCAAGCAGAUGUGGAAGUACACUGAGGACGGAAGUCUUGAUGUUAUUGACGUGGUUGUUGACCUGGAUGGCCAUGGCAACGCUGUCAAGACAAUCGGCAAACUCGAGAAUGGCGUUGUCGAUCUUACCAAGGACGACAAGAAGGAGAAAGAAGAUGAGAAGAAAAAGGAAGAGAAGAAGGGUGAUGGAAAGGAACAGCACCGUGUCUUUAUGCUCUCAGUUGACGCCGAAGAAGAGAGCAAUCCGGAGUAG